AUGGCGGAACAGUUAGAAAAACUAUGGGGAACGAUAUCUCUCACGGAGGGGGAGAAGAAUGGGAUUGCUAUCACUGAGGGAGAGAUCGAGGAGGCAAGGGCCCAAGGUGGGCGAUGCUUGAUAGGGAAACUCUGGAUGGGGAAGAGGGUGAACAAGGAUGCUCUCAAGACUGUCUUAUCGCGAAUCUGGCGCACGUUGGGAGGCAUAAUAUUCAAGGAAUUGGAUGAUAAUAUUUGGCUGUUUGAGUUCGAAGACGUGGAAGACCUGCGGCGAGUUCUGGAAGGUAGGCCAUGGUCCUUUGACAGGCAUAUUCUUGUCCUUAAAGAAUUUGACGGAAGCACGCCUCCAUCACAGAUGGCUUUCACGCACUCCCCUUUUUGGGUGCAAAUACAUGACAUGCCAUUACUAUGCAUGACUAAAGGCGUCGGUACCAAAAUAGGAGAAUCAAUGGGGCAGUUAGAGGACAUUGAUCUGGCGGGGGACGGGGUUGGAUGGGGUCGGUGCCUGCGAAUCCGAGUGGUCAUUGAUUUAUCCAAACCUCUGGAGCGGGGACGUGCCCUCAUGUUGGAAGGAAAAUCCCACUGGGUAACCUGCAGAUACGAGAAGCUGCCCAUGGCUUGUUUUGACUGUGGCAGGGUCAUUCAUGGUGAGAAGGGAUGCCCUAUACCACGGAACACAACAUCAAAUACUAAGGCGGGAGGGAGAGAGUGGGGCGUGUGGCUCCGGGCCGACGAUGGGCAACGAAGAAGAGUCGGGGGUGAUGAAUCUGGUGCCGGUGGGGAGAAAUCCAGCAAGCAUGGCGACAUGGGGGAUGGCGGCGCUGGGUUGCAUCGCAGAAACACGUACAUGGAAUCCUCCGGAUUUUCUGGAAAUCCUAGCCAAAAAUCGUGCUCCAAUUAUAGCCCCAGAAGCGGAGAAUCUCCAUCUUUCCAUCAUGGAGCUGCAGGAGGGACGAAUAAAAAAGGAAAGGAGAAGAUAGGGGAAUCGGCUGGACAGACUGCGGAAAAUCAGGGUUCCCAUGCAAUUUCUGUGCCUGACGUGGGAGACACAAAUUCUAUCGAGGUGGAGGGAGCUGGAAACGGAAAGAAAGACCAAGAUAGUGGGCCAAAAAAGAAAGUUCAGAUGGGCCUGAGCAACAAUAUGGGCCAAUCCGCUGUAGACAAGACAUUGGGCUUGCAUGAACUUACCCCCACACCUACCCAAAUGGAUGUAACUCCUAUCUCACAGCCGAAGAUGAACGUGAAUCCUCCUGCUAGUCUACGAACGUGGAAGCGCAAAGCACGGGAGGGGCUUAGUAAGACUAGCACAGGGGAGGCGGGACACCAAUUGAAUAAGAAGCGAAAGGAGAAGACUUCGGGUGAUGAAGGAGCAACGGAGUGGGGAGACAAACGGGGGAGGAUGACCGGUGUGGAGGUAGGUGGCAAUAACAAAGUGAGGGCGGUGGCUGAAUUUCAGCCCCGCCACCAACAAUGA